AUGGACCUGGAAAACGAGAGCAUCAGGGUGGUGCUGGUGGAGGGCCAGAACGUGGAGGAGCUGUGGGUGCCGCUCAAGCAGGGCCACCACAAUCCGCUCCUGCCUGAUGGGAUGCGACUCGAGGCUGCCCGAACAGUGGUGGCUGAUGCCAAUGAUGAGAAGCUGCUGUGCAAGACCUCCAUCUCCUGGUCCCAGUUCUCGCUGUACGGGGGCUGGUGUGACGAGAGGCAUGGCACUGGCUACAAGCUCUACAGCUAA